AUGACCGCCAAAUUUAUUCCGCGCGCCGUGUUCCCUCAAUAUGACUCGAUUCCGCGCUCAUACUUCCUGGGCCAUCACAAGGCUGGUCUGGAGAAGAUGAAGAGUAUGAUAUCGAGUAUAGAUUAUAUUAUCGAAUGUCGAGAUUUUCGGGUUCCGAUUACUUCCAUCAAUCCCAUGUUUGAGGAGGCUCUUGGGGACAAACAACGUCUCAUUGUAUAUACGAAGAGAGACUUGGGAGGAGAAGCCGAUGGCGUGACACGAAAAAAUAAAGAAUUAAUGCGCAAGCUCGAUCCGAAGACCACCGUCUUUUUCACGACGUCGACUUCCGCGGACUCCGUCAGUGCUAUAUUGAGGCAUCUAAAAGCAGACAAAUCAACCGCUCACCGGAUAGCAGCUAGUCGAGCGAUGGUUGUUGGCAUGCCAAACAUUGGAAAAUCAUCUUUGAUAAACACUCUCAGGAAUCAAGGUGUCCAUAAAGCCAAGGCACUCAAGACGGGCGAGCACCCAGGUGUAACGCGCAAGAUUGGUACCCCCGUCAAGGUGGUAGAAAGAGAGGACGGAUCUUCGGUUCAUGUUCUGGAUACACCCGGCGUGUUUGUCCCCUACAUGCCUGAUGCUGAGAGGAUGCUGAAACUUGCUCUUUGCGGUUGCGUCAAAGAUACGAUUAUACCCCCCGUCACAUUGGCAGAUUAUCUUCUGUACCAAAUCAACUUAUUUGAUCCAAAAGUUUAUGAGAAAUGGUCCGAACCUACAAACGAAGUCAUGCCGCUGCUUACGCGAUUCGCUCACCAAGUGGGAUUGCUUUCAAAGGGCGCGGUUCCGAAUAUAGAACAAGCUGCCAUUAAUCUUGUUCAAAAAUGGCGGUCCGGCGACCUGGGGAAGUUUGUUCUCGACGAUGUUAGAGAAGAAUUAAGGGCACGCAAGGAGGGAACUUUGAAGACUUUUGGUCCUAGUCGGACACAAAGACUCAAGGCUAUCACGCGCGAGCGAAAGCUGAAACAGCAAGAGCGGAUGGAAGCUUCCAAAAGCACCGCUACAAUGAAAGUAAUAACCAGCUCGGAGCGAAGAUAG